AUGGACCCUAGAUCGGAGAUCAAGCCGUCAAGUGGUCAACUGGAUAAAAUCACAGACCGUCUUAGCCUCUACUGCAACCAACUCUCCCAAUCCCCGAUCCACUCUACAGCACAACCCUUCCACAACUACAACCCAGCAUCGACCCUCAACCAAAAUACCACCGCAAUGUCUCGCGACCCCAUAACCUGUCACGUCCUUAACACCCUAACGGGUACUCCCGCGGCGAACCUCCCAGUGACACUGACCCUCCUAUCUGGGCCCUCCAGCAGCAGCCAGAGUCCCAUCAGUUUCCGCGCGACGACCGACGCAGACGGACGAGUCAAAAACUGGGAGCCCACCGCAACUUCAUCGUCAGCUUCAUCGGUCCCCGCUAUUCUUUCUGCACUCCCAACCGCCGAUAGCAAGACAAAUUGGUCCGUUCGAUUUGAAGUCGGUCCAUGGUACGAGGCACAAGGAGUUGAGAGUUUCUGGCCCGAGGUCGAGGUGAAGUUUACGGUCAAGGGACGGGGCCGGGAGGGAGAAGAAGGAUGGCGGCAUUAUCACGUUCCCGUGCUGUUGGGACCCUGGAACUAUUCGACGUAUCGCGGCUCAUGA